AUGUACAGAUACAAAGAUAUAAAGAGUGUCACGUGGAUGAUUAGAAAUCGAUAUCCAAGACUACUCAAACACAAGUUGGUACAUCGACAUUUAACAACAUUACUCAAUAGUAAUGAUGUUGCAUUUGUGUGUAAGAUGGUGACUGAACAAGAUAUUGACGUAUUUGACUAUAUCUACUUUAAAUAUAGUCAUCUAUUUCUUUGUUAUUCUGUGGUUGCUGCAGCUGCAAAGAAUCGAUCAACAGUACACCCACUCAAGUUAAUACUAUCAAGAACACAACAAGACGGUGGUUAUGCAAUGUGGAUUGCUCCUGAGAUAGCCCGCCUAAUAUGUCUGUGGAUACAAGAACUACCCCCCAAUCUACCGGUCAUGCCCCACGUCACCAUACAACGACAUCCUAUUGCAAUCGAGCUGCAAUAUUAUCAUUUCUAUCUACCAAUUGAUGUAUUUAAAAUCACAUUCUCGGAAUCUUUGGGAUCAACAACAAAUAACUUGAAUGAAGCACAAUUCGUCAAGUGUACAUACCAAUAUUUAAGUUGGUUGGGCUAUCUCUUAGGUAAUGAUGAAGAGGAGGUACCACCACUCCCCAGCUAUCAUAAUCAAGCACUCUUUGACAAUCAGAAAAACCAAACCGUACCAUCAUUAUCACCAACGACACACCCGUCACCUGUAACACAUAGUAAUAUUGAAAUGAUAGAAUAUAUCGAAUCAAAACUGGCCACCUAUCAUAGUGGACAACAAAGAAAGAAGUCUGGUAGAGUACAGGAUAUUCCACGGAAGAAUGAAUGGGUUCAAGGUAUGAUACGAGCAACCAUAUUGGAACAACGAGAACCAGAAUUAUUGCUACUAUUGUCUGACCAUAGGGUACGAGACAAUGUCGAUUGGGUGUUUACUUAUUACCACGACCACGGCAACAAAGUUUACAAUUCCAUGAUCCGAAGAGAAAUUAAAAAGGCCUACCCAACCACACAAUUUGUUACAUGUAUAGAUGAAGUGGACAAGGAUAAUAACCAUUUCGACCAAGAAUAUCAUCAACAAGAUAAUACUGGAUACAUUGAAAGAGUAAUCAAUCGUGCCAUACAAUGUGGUCAUUUACCUUUUAUUAAAAAGAUAUACCUAAAGGCAGCUCAAUUCAACCAAUUUGCAAAGUGGUUGAUCAAAAAGAUUAAAUCUGAUCGAUUUGAAGACAACAAGUCUCUCAAAGUCGAGGAAAUGCAGACAGCACUAGAGAUAGCAUUGCUUUAUGGACACUAUCAAAUCACAGAUCUAAUCCUGUCACAAGUGCCAAAAGACUAUAUCUUUUCAUUUGAUUUACUUCAAGUGGUAGCCAUCUCUGGAAACCUCGAGUUUUUUAGAGCUAUGACCAAGUUUGUCGACAUAGAUUAUACAGACCGACAAAUGGAACCAACAAUGAUAUCAGCAGUACAGAGUGCACAUAGGAUCAAUUGA